AUGGCCACUAUCACCAUACUCCUCGAGCCCUCGGCAAUCUUCUCCUGUGCGCUCUUCGCCGCCACGUAUUCGCCAGCUGGCCUGGCAUUCAGCUUCUCCCCCUCCCUCCUCCAGUGGCUCGACUUCCUCCUCGCCCAUCUCUGCGCCAACAUCCCUCUCCUCCUGAGCAUCAUCGUAUGCGCCACGAUGAUGUAUCACCAUCACGUUCGCCUGCGUGCGUUGGAGCAGGCGCCUACAUCUCCUUCCACUACCGACUUCUUGCGGCUUCUGGGUGUUUUUCGGACAACCCUGCGCCUCCUCACCAUCGCUCAAUCCUCGAGCCAGGAGGCUCUCGACGACCUGCGCUCCGAUCUCCUCGGGCUGAUCACCCAGCUGGGAGACGACAUGACUGCAGUGGACACCGACGUCGCAGCCAUCACAACACACAUCAACAUCCUGCGCAACUGCCUGGCCGUCCUCGCCAACAAUCUCGAUCUCGCGCGGAGCAUCUUGGGCGCAGAUGUGCCGUGUGAUGAAGACGGGUUGGAGAUGGGCGAUGAGGUUGAGUUGUUUUGGGAUGCGUGUGAAGAAGACGAGGAUGAGGGUGGAGACGAGAUGAAAGAAGAGGGGAUUGAUGUGCAUGCCAGCGAUGAGAUGGUUGAGGGCUGGUUGGAGGAGUGUGAGUGGCCUGAGGAGUGCGAGGAUGCUUGA